AUGGCGGGUAGUACCAACAAUGUAUAUCUUCAUUUAUCGGAAGCAACUGCUCAAUCCAGUGAAGCUGAUCUAACUGUGGGCAGGGUCGAAGUUCGAUUUGCCGACGCUGGCUUCCAAAACUUAUGGCGAAGCAUCAUGAAUCGCGACGGCGUCUUAGAUCCAUUCGAUUAUCCCAUGAGCCCUAGUCCGACCUCUACGUUUGUCAUCCAAGUUCCUGCCCACUUGUUCCCAUACCCGGACCAGCACAGUCAAUACCUUCAGACUGAGAUCUCGUCGAGUCUCAUCGACCUUAUCGGUCCUGAAAAUCCGAAUCGCCUCAACGUGGCCCGGAACAUAGCGUCCUUCGCAAUGCGCCAUUUUGAGGCUAGCGCCGAAGCUAGCGCUCGAGGGUCCCGGUCGGGGUAUUCCAUCGUGGCCGAGGUGCGUAUGUUGCGGUCAGAAGUAUGGUUCGACGAAAUAUUUGAUGCGGCUGAUCGGGAAUCGGCGAUCGAAAAGUUGAUCGAGAAAGGGAGAUUGGUUGCGAGCAAGCUCGACGAUGAGGAUCAUGAACUGGGUACAUGCGGAAUAUGUAUCGAGGAUUUUUCAUCGUCGGUCAGAGCUGAGCUUCUUCGCAUGGAUUGCUCUCAUAUUUAUCAUCGAGAUUGUAUAAUCCCAUGGUUGGCCAAGUCCAAUACGUGUCCAACAUGUCGAGCCAAACUGUAUUGA